GCCAAGACCUCACUCCUUUGUCAUGGCCCGCCCUGCACUCUGUCAUGUAUAUAAGCAUCUCUUAUCAAUACCAGUCCUUGCUCGCUCUCUUCAGUACCUUCAGUGUGACCACCUUGAUCAGGCGUACCUGCCUUCACUUACAAUUCCCCUGAAUCUCCUCCGUGGCCUCUUAGACUUGUUCUUUGCCGUUAUGCUGUCUCAUCCUUGUCUUUGGGGAGUAAACGCUUGGCGAACUCAG